AAUAUCUCUUUGUGUAUGUAUGCAUUUCACCUCACUCAACUUUGUGUGUAAUUUGUCUUCGUGUCGCCCUUACUCCUAUUUUUCAUUUAGAAACCAAUGUUAUGUAUUAAAAGUCUUGUAUAAAUCAUGAUUUAACCGAAUAACGAAUUUAUAGAACGUUUAUUUACUGUGACAAUGAGCUUAGUAUGUAAGAUAAAUUGCAUAUUUGCGUGAGGCUUCAAUCGUCACGGAGUUGUAGCAAGGGAAGUUUGGAGAAUGUCGGGUGCCAGCUCCGACCUGUGAUGUGGUCUUGUUAGAGGGUAGUUUUAAGAUGAUGGAAAACUAAUCGCCUAGUGUCAGUUUGCCGCGUUGUAACCAGGCGCGAUGGAUCCCUCUAUAUUUUUGCAAUAUUCUCCCCCAAAUGGGCUUCCCCAGGAAUCAAAACUAGCAACGUAUAUGACCCUUCAGAAUGGACCUGUUCCACAAUACACAACACAUUACGUACCACAUCUGUCUAUCUACCCCAUUGUUAGAAGAGAGGAGGUUGAAGAGGCGGAGGAUUUAGAGAGAGACUUACGGAACCGUGCUACGUCAACCCCCACAAGGUCCCUGAACCAGGCGAUGGGCAAGCUGAGCUUGGAGUCUUCCCCUACAGCUAUUAAAAAACCCUUCCCGCAGGUCCUGAUAGGGGAGUUCAUGCCCGUGAACUAUUUCACGCCAUUCCUCCCAGACUCCCCGGAGAGCUCGCCCCCCUCCACCCUGGCUAAUCUCCAGGGGAACCUCCAGGGAAAUCUCCAAGGGAAUCUUCAGGGAAAUAUUCCAGGGAACAUACAGCAAAAUACCCAGCAAGUACAUCAGGAAAAUGUCGGCGGCACGACGUAUUUUUAUUCUACAAACGACAGCAUGAACUCGACAGGCGGGCUCAACGCUUCUGCACCUAUGGGCCAGCCGGAACAAUGCCUAGGCGUGGUGGGGCCGGGGCCGGCGGUGCCCUCCCCGUACACGACGCAGAUGUAUGCAGGCACGCCUACACACAUGGGACCCAUAACGCAAACCAAACCUGGCCUCGCAGCGACAUUCUACAUGCCCGAGACAAUUCGCCAGGAGAUCUACCAGCGAAAUGAAGAGGUGUUUCUCCAGACGGAUCUUCGUCAGUUCCCUGAUCUACCAGAGAAUGUCGAGAUGUACUCAGAGCUGACGCCGAUCGAGUGCACUCCGCACUCUCUAGCCACAUCCUACCGCGCCACACAUCGCCAGAGCGGCGAGCACUACGCUCUGCGCCGGCUGCAUUCUUACUCGAACGUGGCCACCAAGCGGCUCGAGAUGUGGAAGAACAUCGACCACCCGAAUGUCGUGCGGCUGCAUGAGUGCUUCACGACCAAGGCGUUCGGCGACCACUCAAUGGUGUUAGUAUACGACUAUCACCCGGCUUGCGUGACUGUUAUGAAUAAGUACCUCUCCGGCGGCAGCUCGGCCCCCGGCGAAGGGACCACCUUCCACGACCCCUUCAGCUCCGACCCCGAUGCGCCGCGCCCCUACACACACCAGAAAAACGCCAUGUUGCGUGCAGUGGCGUGCGGCGCACUGCUCCCAGAGGCGGUGCUCUGGAGCCUACUAGUGCAGCUGACGGCCGCUCUGCGCGCCAUACACACCGCCGGACUGGCUUGCAGAAAUCUGGACCCGACAAAAGUGGUGAUGAACGGGUGUCGAGUGCGCGUGGCCUGGUGCGGCGUUGCCGACGCGCUGCACACUAACACCAACGACGUGGGCCAGGCUCAGCAGGAGGACCUCACGGCGCUAGGACGGCUCGCGCUGGCGCUGGCGUGCCGCACGGUGCACUGCGAGAACCUGCCCGCCUCCAUGGACCUGGUCGCGCGCACCUACUCCGCCGACCUCAAGAACCUCAUACUGUAUUUGCUGUCGACGUCGCCCGCCCGGCGGUCCGUCACGGAUCUCAUGCCCAUGAUCGGAGCCAGAUUCUACACACAGGUGGAGGCGCUGGAGAGACGAGCCGACGCGUUCGAGGAGCAGCUCGCGCGGGAGAUCGAUAACGGUCGCCUGCUGCGCAUACUUAUCAAGCUGGGCGUCGUCAACGAGCGGCCCGAACUGAACAUGGACCCGGCCUGGUCAGAGACCGGCGACCGCUACAUGCUGAAGCUGUUCCGCGACUACCUGUUCCACUCGGUGGGCGCGGACGGCCGGCCGUGGCUCGACUACGCGCACCUGGCGAACUCCCUCAACCAGCUGGACGGCGGCUCCUCCAACCGGGUGGAGCUGAUGUCUCGAGACGAGCAGAGCGUGCUCGUGGUGUCGUACGCGGAGCUGAAGCACUGCCUCGAGCAGUCCUUCGACGAGGUCACCCAGGCCGCCUCCAGCUCGCACCUCGCCAACUAACCUCACAGAUCUCACAACACAGGCAAACGUUAGGUGAACAUUUUGUUUGGUCGCCUUUUCCGGAACGAGGACUGCGUCUGUUAAAGUUUUGGCAAUACACGCUAGUUCUUCGGAACUAACGGUUUUUGUCUGAGUAUUUACUAUAAUCUGUUCUUUUAGGUAUUUUAAGGAAUGUGAGCUAGCAUAAUCACGUGACUCCGCUAUUAUAGCAUUGGCUACAUGGCCGCGUCAACGGGAUUCUGUUAGUUUAGAUUUCUUUAAGAAUCUUAACAAACAGUGGAUAGUUCUUAAGGAUCUCACAGUUUUAUGAAGCAAAUAGAAUAUAUCAUGAAGUACUCGUGGAUUAAUCUUGUAACCUGUCAAUAAAUUUAUCCUAUGCUGGUUAAAGCUACAAGAACGAGUGUAUUCAUGUAAAUACAAGGAAGCUGAAAGAAAAUCGUGUAAUAACUAAUUUUCUAUGCUUGCAACAUUCAAAAGAAAUUAAUUUUUAAAUGUUUAAUUAAUAAACUCUUUGUUAAUCGGUAUUUUACUAUUAUGCAUUGUUUACAAAAGUAGAAACACUGGCUGGGUACUUUACCGCGCACUGAUGGCCAGUUUGUUUUACCAUUAUUUAUUAAACAUUUGAAUGUGUGUUGAGUUGAGACUUCUUUAUGAACGACAUUAAUCGAACGCUACGGGCACCUUGCGUAGUAAGAUUAUGUACAUUAUUUGUUAUAAAUACGAAUUGAACUGUCGUCGAACUAGCGAAGUUUGCAUUCAGUCAAGAAAAUUCAAUUUAGAGCAACAUUUUUAUUAAUCGCUUUAAUAUAAAGUCCACGAGACAUUUUAUGUUAUCGUCAAGUGCUAAUGUGGCCGAAAAUUUGAAUUUUAUUGACAAGGCAAAAUUAUUUAUCACGAGCUAAAAAUAAUAUUUUACGAGAUUCACGAAAAGUAGGUUUAUUAGAAGUUGAUGCUUUAAAAACAGUACAAAUACGGCUGUCGCUCGCGACCUUUGUGUUCACCGUGCAAUAUGAAAUUAACCUAUUUUUGUAAUAAAAUGCCACACGAGCUGAAGUUCUGCCAAUGUACAGGAAUGCAAGGAGGUUUUGUUCUAGCGCGUACCCAUUACCUCUCGUGAAACGCUCAACAUGGUUUCACUGGUAUACACGUUUUAACGUACGCUGCAGAAACAUCUUCAGAAUUAACAAAUUGUAAAAAAAUGUGCAACUAAACUGAACGUGGGUGGCCAGAUUUAAAGUUUCUUUCGUAUAUUUUAGAACAUGUGGCCCAGUUUUUUUACAGUCCCUGUGUCUCAUUACGUUGGCAGACGCUUCUUUGCGAAGGUCUUUAGUAAGAGAUUAUACUAAAUGAGCAGCUAGACCAAAUGUGUCCCCGGAUACGGUAUUACGAAACGACAAUAAAGUGUCAAACUGGACUACAAAGUUAUCUUUGCCGUUUCGAGCAACUCUGUUCUUGGCUGAUGUUUGCAUGCAGGGUUUGUCCCGCGUCUCGCCGCCGGCAGCGAUAACUUUGUCCUAGCGAUAUCCUAAUAGCACCAACGACACUAAAACACCAAGUGUAGUUAGUAGUGCCGAACUACGUAGGUUGGUUCGUACAUAAAUUGUGAUAUACUUAAGAGCAAUGCGAAUUAUUGUGUAUUUAAUCUGUAUGCAAAGUGUACCAGUUUUGAUUUCUCUUGAUUAUAGUCUUUUAUAAUAUCAAUUUGAUCAUUAAACGAAUGCGCGAAUGAUGGUACAGGAGCGCCGCGACAAUAUCUAGCCUACGAUAGACUACCCGUCUCUCUCUAAUUAGUGAAAAUGACGGGUAGUCAAUAUAGCGCGCGAGAUACUUUCGCAGCGCUCCUAUGCUAAGCGGCUUUUCGAAUCCUAGCUUAAUUUUAUGUUUUAUAAAGAGUUCAUUAAUAUAUAUACAAUUUCGUACAGUAACCUAACAUCACAUGACACAUUUUUUUAAUAAGGCUUUACUUGGUGCUGUUACGUAUAUCAGUCCAGUUAAUAUUUCACCUAGAUUGAACAGCCGCCUGAACAAACGCAACAAACAUUCCAUACUAACAACCGAACAAGAGCGACACGUUGAGGGGAGUCAUUGUGUUCGCGUCUCGAACGUAAAAGUUUACUGAGGUUUUGCGUGAGAAAUGAGGGUAAAUAUAAAAGUUAACAAUCGAAAUAGAAGCGAUGCUCUUAAAAAAUAACAAGUUAUGAUUCAGAAUAUAAUCACGCAACUGCGGAUGUGAGCCAACCUUAACUUUAAACAAGGUCACGACCUUGAACGCGCUAACCCUAAUGGGAUAAUGGUCAGAACAUACCGGCUACGUGCGCUAAAAAGUUUGAGCCGCGCACGCACAUGCCAAGCAAGCUGUGUGCCAUCUUUCAUGAGGGUCUGUAUAUUUCAUCGCGCACGUACACCCGGUGUGCACAGGCAUUAGCGUCGCUUCUAUACGGUUGAAUUCUUAUGUCGGCUUGGGACCGGGUUUUCCCACGAACGUAACAGCGGAUAUAGGACAGUCUGAUAAUCCCAAGGCGAGGUAAAGCGUGGUGCACACGCUCGAGGUGAUAGUUUUGCGUUUACACUCGACCAAUGUAUGUAACCCAAAGUAGGUUAUCUAAUAAAUUUGGCAUAAUAUUUAUUAUUACAUCACAAAUAAGUAAACGCAAUCAUAAGAAAGGGACCUCGCUAACAUCGAUUCCGAAGUGUACGUUGAUACCAGUGGAAAGACCCGCAAGGUCCUUCUUAGGUAUACUGCGAAUAGCAUUCUAACGUUAAUGAUAUGCCACGUAGAUCUGAAUUUGUACGUUUUGCUUGGUGGGGCCCAAAAUGAAUGAACAAUAAUGUAAUACCAAGAACAAUGAAGACUUAGCUGUAAGAAACAAUUUGAUUCCUUUUAACAUCCACUGCUAGACAUCCAUACAAUACGUGUUGAAAUAGAAGCAUAAGUAAUUUUCUAAGGUAACAUACCACCAGGUUAUGUUAAUCGUAACUCGAAAAUUGUUUUAUGCUAACACAAACACUCUCCUACGCAAUUUUCGGUGCACAUAAUGUAGUUAUCAGAGCAACGUAUUCACCGAGGUUGUCCUAGUGAAUCACGCUGAAUGAAUUUCCUUUUUAUCUUAAAAUGAGGGCUACUGAUUUUGUGCUUACCGGUUGGCGUCACUGUUGAGUAAAGUCCGAAGUACAGCUGUCAAAGUCAUUACCAUUAUGGGGCAUGACCAAGUUAUCAAUUUUGAAUCGUAUAAAUACAUGACACCAUACACCGUAAAAAAACUAACGUCUUCACAAAUUAAUUAAAUUGUAAUAAACGCGCGUGACCCACCUAGAAACAGUCGAAGACCUCACGCUACACUAGCGCCUCUGUUCACUCGUGGUAUCCCUUAGUUUUAAAAUUCAGACGAUGCCAUCCACGUGAUCCACGGCAUAAUGUUGGAAAUUGAUAAGUAGGUAUGUUACAAAGGAAACAAAUUACCAAUAUAACUUAAUGUCGCCAUCUAAAAGCUUUGUAACUACGAUGUUCAUGAUCAUUGCGUAAACAGAUUUGUUAUCUGGAUAUAGCAACGCGUGAUUUUAUACAAGGCUUUUGUCAAGUCGACGAUUAAACUGCGUACUCUGGGCCCUCCAUUUCUUAGAGUUCCUCUAGAGCAACGGUUCAGAAGAAUGGAGCGAAAGAGCUCAAUGUUCAUUAAAAUAAUAGCAAUAAACUGUUAUGUAACUUCAAACCGUUGUAAUUAGAGGCACUCUAGCUCAUUUUAUAAUGAUAUAUUUCUUGCCACUUGUGUUUAUUGCCUACCAUUGCUAUCAAAUCUGAUCCCCAAGUUGAAGGACACCUCUAGCACAAAGUUUAUAGAUGACAAGUAAUAAUAAACUAAUUUAUAAGAGUGAAGAAAGAGUUGUCUUCGAAAUAAACGCAUUUGUGUAAGAGGUUAAGUCGAUGAUGGGCUUAAGGGUGCGUUCGGUUCGCUAUUAACUUGGAAGAUAGAAUUGUGCUCAGUUGUCAUCGACGAAACCGUCCGGCGAGCCGAGGAAACACACACACGUGUAAAAGAGAGGUGAUCAACGUGCGUUUUCAUGGCUGAGCCAUGCCCUGUCUUUGGCGGCUGAGACAUAAACUAACCUAUAUAAUUUGGUUUAGUAAGAUAUAAUGUUGUACAUAAAUGAGAUGCUAGAUCUUACACGGUUACAAAAAUGUUACGUCCAGUAAAUGAUUCCAUCUAUGCAAAAUGCACCUAUGUAUAAAACGGAGACUUAAAUGUACCUAUUUCCGUGUGGAUAUGUUUUAAAAUUUUACUGAAAGCCCAAGGCUCCAGCGUGUCGGACGCACCCCUGUAUAUAUUUUCGUACCUACGUCCGUUAUAUUACAAAUUCCGAUCUAUGUAUAGAUGGCCAAUGUUUCAUUGUCUUGGAGUUAUGGAACUUAAGAAGGAAAUAUUUUGAGAUAAUUAUAAGUGUAUAUUUUUUUCUAACAAAUAAAAAGUUUUGAAAUUA